UACCGAAAACCUUAAAAUGGCCUCACAAACCCAGGGAAUUCAGCAACUUUUGGCCGCUGAGAAACGUGCCGCUGAGAAGAUCAACGAAGCUCGUAAGAGAAAGUUGCAGAGAACGAAGCAGGCCAAGCAAGAGGCUCAAGCUGAGGUGGAGAAGUACAAGCAGCAACGCGAGGCAGAGUUCAAGGCAUUUGAACAACAAUACUUGGGAACCAAAGAAGAUAUUGAGAGCAAGAUUCGUCGUGAUACUGAGGAUCAAAUCAGUGGAAUGAAGCAAUCUGUGGCUGGAAACAAGCAAGCUGUCAUUGUCCGUCUCCUUCAACUCGUUUGCGACAUCAAGCCAGAGCUCCAUCAUAACUUGACUCUCCAGAAGAAACUUCACGGACAGUUCGCUGCCUAAACUUUUCGUUUUCUUUAAUCUCUGACAAUUCUGAUCAUUCCAACUUUCGCUAAGUCCCGCCCCUUACUUUUAUGAUGUGAUAUCCCUCUCCCAUCAAUUUCUAACCAAUUCUGUAGAAUUCUCCAUUUUCAAUUAAAAAAUUAUAGUCGUCACUUUUUUUUCUGUGACGACGUAUUGUAUACUAUUUACAAAGAAAAAGCUUAUACGUCAAAGUAUUUCGUCGAAUAAAGGUUUUAUAGAGCUGAUU